GAGGUUAUGUUCCCUUAGCCAGGAAGAACAUCAGUCAGGCAAACGUAUCCUUGAACUUGGUAUAGUUUGCGUUACAGGGACAUUUCAUAUCCUCAUCAGCCCGUGGCAAUAGUUAAUCGCUGACCAGUUGGCACCAUGAGUUCCAAGAACCGUCCGGCUUCUGCCGUGACCGCAGAUUCGUCGGCUACAGAACGUCUUUCACAAGUCGCGCGCCAUAUAUCUGGAAGCCAGGAUGAGUCUACUUCACCAUCAAGUACUGGUCGACGGACCCGUCGCUCGAAAGGGUCGCGAGACACUGGCCCACCAGCUGACUAUUCCGAUGUGCUCUCGAAUCUGCAAAAGCUCAAUACCAUGGCACAUACGCCGGAUCUAUCGAACCGCGGGUAUGUGAGGCAGAAGCGUGAAGGCAAACUAUGGGUGCGAGAGCGCCUGGAACAGCUGGUCGACAAGGAUAGUUUCAAGGAGAUUGGCAGCGCCAGUGGGCGGGUGGAGUGGAAGCAGACCGGCCGCAGGGACGAGGAACCCGUGUCAUUCACUCCGACUAAUAACCUCCAAGGGUUCGGCAUGUUGGGAGGUAGGAAAGUGAUCAUCACUGCAGACGACUACUCGAUUCGAGCUGGACACGCUGAUGGAGCCAUUUCUGACAAGACCAUCUACUCGGAGAAGCUUGCCGUGUCCCUGAACUUGCCCAUCAUCAAACUUACGGACGGAUCUUCUGGUGGUGGAUCUGUGAGUACAAUCAAAACACAGGGCUGGUCUUAUGUCCCGGGCGUGCCAGGCUUUAUCGAAGCCGUCAAGGGCAUCAACAUGGGCAUUCCAAAUCUAGCGGCUGUGCUGGGUCCGGCGAUUGGAAUUGGCGCCGCUCGUGCAGUCAUCUCCCAUUUCUCGGUCAUGGCAGGGGAUAUAGGGAGCCUGUUCAACGCGGGACCGCGGGUGGUCGAAGGGGCGACGUUCGAAGAGGGACUCACGCUACGAGAACUGGGUGGUCCAGGCAUUCAUUGCUUGAAUGGGACCAUAGACAAUCUCGCAGCGAACGAGGCCGAGUGCUUCGAGCAGAUCAGGAGAGUUCUUUCGUACUUGCCGAACUGCGGACAGUCAAAGCUGCCCCCUGUGAUCCCCGCCAUCGAUCCGAUUGCGAGGGUCAGUGAGGAGUUGAGGACCAUCAUCCCUCGGAGGAAGGAACGUAUGUACGAUGCUCGAGCGAUUGUUGUCACUGUUUUCGACGCAGGCUCGUGGUUUGAGAUCGGAGCAUUAUGGGGAAGGACGGCGAUUGUUGGCCUUGCCAGGCUAGGAGGACGCCCGGUCGGGGUGAUUUCGCUCAACUGCGAAGUCAACGCCGGUGCACUCGACGCCGGAGGAUCUCAGAAAAUCACGCGUCAUCUGAAGUUGUGCGACGUGAUGAACCUUCCGAUUGUCCAAUUUAUUGAUGUUCCGGGUUAUGCCAUCGGGACCGUGGCUGAAAAACAAGCAACGAUGCGUUGGGGAGUCGAACUUGGGAAGGCUUAUAUCUCCACCACGAUCCCGAUCUUCAGUGUCUUGACGCGCCGAGUCUUUGGCGUCGCCGGUGGCAUCAUGGUCGCUUGUCGCGAUCCAAUGAUGCGAGUGGCCUGGCCUAGUGGUGAAUGGGGAAGCCUGCCUCUCGACGGCGGCAUUGAGGUCGGGCACAGAUGGGAGCUGAAACAAGCGGAGGCCGAAGGUAAGAAGAAGGAGCUGUAUACCCAGCUCGACGAUGAGUAUCGUCGGCUCAUGAAUCCCAUCCGCACCGCCAAUGCCUUUGGAGUUGAAGAGAUCAUCGACCCGGCACACACGAGGCGGGUGGCUGGGGAAUGGGCUAUGCAUAUAUAUGACGAGGUACUGCCACAACGCCUGCUGGAUAGGGCCGCAGGCCGGAUACACCCAUCGUUUGCUUGAGUCCGCAUCCCCACAACCAGCGAGGUGGUUGAUGCUCGUUGGGCGUCAGAGCACGGACGGGUCAUGGUGUCUGUAGACACGGAAAAUUGGAAUUCAAUUCGUGCAAUCAUCCUCUAGGCUAUACGCGAUCCCGGGGGUGGACGGAUAGAUGGAUGUUUCAUGCAGCGCGGGUCUGCGCAAGAUGCAUCUAAGCAUGGGAGUGCUGAACCGCGAGAUAUGGUCUAGAGAGAUUCGUACAUAGACUCUCACACCCAUGUGCUGUGCUGGG